AUGAAUGCGGUUGGGAGGCUAGGAAGCUAUAUCUCUCGUGGGGUGUACACCUUCUCUGGCCCUUUUCAUCCUUUUGGCGGUUGUGUGGACAUAAUUGUGGUUGAACAGCAAGAUGGGAGCUUUAAAUCCUCACCUUGGUAUGUCCGGUUUGGGAAGUUUCAAGGGGUUUUGAAAACCAGAGAGAACGUGGUCAACAUAUGUGUCAAUGGAGUUGAGGCAAAUUUCCACAUGUAUCUUGAUCACAAAGGGGAAGCUUAUUUUCUUAACGAAGUUGAUGUGGUGGAAGAUGCGGAGUCUGUUUUGAAUCAUUCCUCGUCUGGUGAUGAAGGGACUGACGGGCAAUCCCAGGUUGAUAGGAGGCCGUUGAAGUCCCAAAGUUGUAAUUUUGAUGAUGGAAACGCGAAAUCAGCUGAUCGGAUUGAUACAAGCAAUGGGAAGAUUACGAGGAGGACUAAUUCGCGUCGGUCGCAGAUUCUUGGGCUUGUGUUUGGGAGGAGGUCAAGAAAGGAGAAUGAUAAUGGGGGAGAGAAGGAGAAUGAUAAUGGGGGAGAGAAGGAGAAUGAUAUACAAAGAAUUGAUUCACUUGAGCGUGCAGAGUUUGCUGCCAAGCUUUUGGAAGUGAAGUGGUCCACCAAUCUUGAUACCAGUAAGCCUAGGAAAGAUGAUGCUUCCGUGUUUUCGGAUUCAAAUGUUUUGGACGGUCAGGAUCAUAGAGAUGUGGAGAUUGGUGGUCAGAUAAGCCAAGUCAGCUCAUCAGAAGAAUAUGCUGAGACUUCCACUAUAAGUGAAAUUAUUCCUGGGAGUGAAUGUCAGGUAGCAUCUAAUGUUACUGGAGCUGAUGAAUCUCCUACUACGUCGGUUGCUGAAUCCGAGUUGAAUGCAGAUGGAGUCUUUUCUGAGAUGGUCGGUGCUGAUUUGCAAGUUCCUAGGGUGGUUGAAGUUUGUACCGGCAAACAAUUCAAUGAAGAAUGGGCUUCUUAUAAAAAAGAUGUUCAAUUACAAUUACCAGGUUGUGGCAUUUCCCAGAAUGGUGGAACAGAUACAGUUCAAUCACUCGUCUAUUGCGAAUCAUCGGGGAGGUCAAUAGUGAGAAAUGAUGCUUCCAAUGGCCGAGCUUAUGAAACACUGUACAUUGCUAGUAGCGGAUGUGGGGAUCUUCAC